AUGACCCUUAUGUUGUGGUUUUCUAGUUUAGUUGUUUCUAUUGGUCUGUGGCAGAAGGAAGCGAAGAUCUUGUUCCUGGGGCUAGAUAAGUUAGGGAAGACCACUCUGCUUUGAAUGUUGAAGGACGAGAGAUUGGUUCAGCACCCACCCACCCAGUUCCCGACUUCAGAAGAACUAAGUAUAGGGACUUUUGACUUAGGUGGUCACCGGAUCGCUCGUAGAGUCUGGCGGGACUACUAUGCUAAGGUUGAUGGGGUGGUGUACCUGGUCGACGCUUACGACAAGGAUAGAUUCGCCGAGUCAAAGAAGGAGCUGGACGCUCUCCUCACGGACGAGUUGCUGGCGAACGUCCCAUUCCUCGUCUUGGGAAACAAGAUCGACCUCUCUUCCGCUGCGUCAGAGGACGAACUGCGGUACUACUUGGGCCUCACCAACUUCACCACCGGGAAGGGCAAUGUCGACCUCGCCGGCACCAACGUCCGCCCUCUCGAGGUCUUCAUGUGCAGCAUUGUGCGCAAGAUGGGCUAUGGCGAGGGCUUCAGAUGGCUCUCUCAGUACAUCAAAUGA